GGAAAUGGGUCGCGACCCAACCCACGCAUUCCGCCCCCGGCUCCGAUCUGCUAAGCCCCCUCGGAUCGGGUUGCGGGUCCCCUCCUCCCCCCCGACCCACCACCGCUCGCCGCCGGCCGCCUCCGACGAGUGGGCGAUCAUAUUCAGAUACAACAGAGCAUGCUGGAGCCACUAGCUAUGGAAGUGCCAAUUACUAGCUCAGUGAACACUGCGGUGGUGCCUGUUCCUGUGGUGCACAAUCCACGAGCACGGAAACUGCGUUCUGCAGUUUGGCAGGACUUCACUAAGGAGCGCCGUGCUGAUGGCAGCUGUGUUGCUGUCUGUAACCACUGUAAGAAGCAGCUCACAGCUACUAGCCGGUCAGGCACCACACAUCUACGCAACCACCUUGCAAUCUGCACUACCACUUCCACACGCCGCGCUGGUAAGCGCCGGAAGCUUAUCGUACGCCGUAUUCUCCACAACAAAACCUCCAAUGAUGGCCAUUCUGGUGAUGGGCAUGCUUCAGGAGAGGACCAUGACAAUGAUAGCACACAUUUUGAUCAAGAACUGAGUCGGCGAGACCUCGCCCAUAUGAUUGUCCAGCAUGGGUACCGGUUUUCAAUAGUGGAUGAUGUGGGCUUCCAAAAGUUCGUCAAGAAUCUCCAACCACAGUUUAGGAUGGUAUCAUAUGAGACAGUGAGGGCUGAUAGCAUGACAAUUUAUGAAAGUGAGAAGCUUAAGCUGCAGGAUGUGCUCCUGAAGAUCCCUUGCCGAGUAAGUAUCUCAGUUGAUAUGUGGCGAUCGAAUACACAGAUGGACUACUUGUGUUUGACUUGCCACUACAUUGACCAUGCCAAUGAUGAAUGGAAAAUUAGGAAAAAAAUUCUGAACUUUGUGCAUGUGGAGGCACCUUUUACAGCUGAACAGAUUGCUAGUAUCAUUCUAGAGAAGUUGCAUGAGUGGGGUAUUGACGGCAAGCUAGCUGCCAUUGUACUAGACAACUGCACCUCUGGUGAGAUUGUUGCUAGAGAGCUUCUCGGAGCUCUGCAGCCUAGGAGACUACUCCUGUUAAAUGGGAACUUGUUCCAGGUGCGCUCCUGUGCACACAUUCUGAACCUUACGGUCCAAGAAAGCUUGGAACAGACAUCUGGUAUAAUUACUAGAGUCCGUGAGAUGAUUCAGAAUGUCAAGUUCUCACAAGAAAGGUUUGAAAAGUUUCAGGGUACUGCUAAACUUCUGCAGAUGGACCAAAAACUGCUAGUUCUUGAUUCUCCUAAUAACUGGCCGUCUACAUACUUGAUGUUUGAUUCUGCAUGUUACUAUCAUGAUGUACUCAUGCGGCUUGCAGAACAGGAAGCUCACUACAGUGCUUUUCUGACUGCGAAGGAGUGGGCCGAUGUGAAAGCCCUUACUGAAAUACUUGAUGCACUCUAUCAUACUAUGGAGAAGUUUCCUGUGGAAAAUCCAACUGCAAAUCUCUAUUUUAAUGACAUGUGUGAGAUGCAUGUGCUUUUAAAUACCUGGCGCAAUAGUCCAUCUCCUGUUGUUGCACAAGUGGCUGACCACAUGUUGACAAAAUUCGAGGGAUACUGGGAUCUUACUAGGCCAGUAAUGGCAUUUGCAUCUAUUCUGGAUCCUCGGUAUAAGAUGAAGUCUGUUGAGUACUUCUGUAGGCUCAUUUAUGCCGCUGAUCAAUUUAGAGCAAAGACAACAAUAGAUGAUAUUCGGCAGACCUUUACCAAUCUGUGCAGUGAAUAUGAACAGUCAGCAAAUUCAUUCAAGAAUCCAUCUGCUCUGUUCUAUUCUGGAACCAGUAAUUCUUGCAUGAGUUCGGUGUACAGCAAUGGUGACGAUUUUAAGACCUUCUCCCGUAUCACACUAUCUGAUGCUCGAAGGGGACUUGAUCAAUAUAUACAGGAGACAUCAUCAGGACAAUCAUUUAAGUCUGACCUAGACAUGUACCUCGAGGAACCGGUCUAUCGCCAAAAGGAAGGGCAUUUAGAUAAUUUUGACAUCCUAGGAUGGUGGAGGUCUUUUGCGGCAAAGUAUCCUGUCCUUUCUCAAAUGGCGCGUGAUAUUUUAGCUAUUCCUGUAUCUAUUAUCCCAUUGGACAGUGAAGCCCGGACACUAAAUGAGUAUCUCAGCACUAUGGACCCUUCAACAGUGCAGGGAUUGGUAUGUGCACAAGAUUGGUUGCGGGAAGAUACAGAAGUUACUAGUUCAGACGGUCAUGCGGAUGACAAAGCAGCACGUGGUGAUGAACUUAUUGUGUUACCAAAAUAGUUGAGUUUCGUGACAUAUGGCUCCUGAGGAGACCGAGGACGCAAGAACUUCAUAAUUUAUGUUCAACUGUCCAAUUACCAGGCUUCCAGCAACACCCCUGUAAAUGUAUCGUUCUAGUUCUAGAUCUAUCUGUAAAAUGAAGUCCUAGGUAACUCCCAAGAAGGAUACAUUACGUAGCAAUGUAGUAUCAUUUUAGGCAUUUUACUCUGCAUUCAUGAACCAUGCCUUGAUGUGUAUUCUGAUGCUAACUUAUCUUCACCAGAUUUCUUAAUAAUAUUGUAGUUAUGCUAUGUGAACGACACUUCUAAGUGGAUAAUGUUGACUCCAAAAUUUAUUGAACUGUCAACGAGCCUGAAUCUGAUAUG